AUGAUAAGCAUAACUGUAAGUUUUUUAUUUAUAUAUCAUUUAAUAUUGCUAAUAUUGGGGAUAGUGUUUUUUGAAAAUUAUUUAUUUAAAGAUUUUGAUAAUAGCUUUAGUUUGGUAAAAAUAAUAUUUUGUUUUUCUUUUGUUUUGUGUUUAUCUUUGCUAUCUAUGAUCAUGUUUGAAAUAUUGGGAUUUAUAACAACAUCUUUAAAAUUGUUUAUUUGGUAUAUUGAUAUAACAUUUUUAGUUUUAUUUAUUUAUUUAAUAAUACCUAUAAGCUUAAUAUAUACAUAUGUAACAUAUGAAGAUGAAAAAAUAUCAAAUAGUUUAUUUAAGUUUAAAUAUUUUUAUUCGGCUUUAAAAAAAAUGAAAAAUAAUAAAAAAAUAAAUAACAAUAAUGAAGAUAAAAGUGAUUUUAUGAGAAGACUUGUAUAUGUUAGUGACGAUAUAAUCAAUAAAAUGAAGAAUUAUAAUAAUAAAAUAAAAAGCCAAAAUAAAAAAAAAAUAUUUAAAAUUAUUAUAGGAUGUAUAAUUAUAUUACCACUAAUUUGGUUUACUUUAUAUAAAAUAUCAGUGGUAACAUUUAAAAGUAAUAGUGAUGUUUAUGAUAAAUAUGAUAUAUAUAAUAUAGACAAUAUAUUAAAAGAAAAAUUAAAUAUAAUAAAUAAAGAGUUUGCUGAUGAAUAUGAUACAAAUAAUGAAAAAAAUAAAAACAUUUUUUUUAUUAAAAUUAUGAAAAAUUUGUUAAUUUAUAUAUCUGUUACUGGAAUGACUAUAGUUAGUGCAUUAUCUGCCUUUACUAGUUUAUAUUCUCCAUACACAAAUAUUAGUAACUUUUUUUUUUUUGUUAAAAUAAAAAAAGUUAAAGCUAUUGAAAAAAAAAUUAUCUUUAUAAAGGAUGAAUUAUGCUCAAAAAAAAAACUACUUUUAUUAUAUCAAUAUCCUAAUUUAUUAAAUGAUUAUAUAAAAAAUCAAAAAAAUCAAAAUUCAAUGUCAAAUUUUACUUCAAAUAGUUUUUAUAACACUAAUAUUAACAAAACACAUAUCAACGAUUUAAAUUCACAUAAUAAUUUUGGUGAUCGUAGAUAUGAAUAUUCAAAUAUAUCAAAUGUAAAUAAUAUAAUAUCUUAUAAAGAAAAUGAUGGUGUAUUAUUAAAUGCAUCCCCAGAUAUGUCUUAUUUUCAAAACAAUAAUCGAAUUGACAAUAUUGAUAGCAAUAAAUAUUACAAUAACGAUAAAACCGAAUGUCAUAAAACAGAUAAUGAUAUAGAAUACAUAAGUUCAAAACCUUUUAAAAAGUGUAACUUAUAUCUUGGAACUCAUAAAUCAAUAUAUAAAGACAUUCAUGAUACAUUUAUGAAAAAAGAAAACGAAUUUUGUAAUAUAUUCAAGGGGAAUAGUAUAUAUAAUAAUGCAAACAAAACCGAAAUUAUUGACAAUAAAGAUGAAGAAAUAGAAUAUAACACAAAUAAAAAAUUUUAUGAUGAAAAAUAUAUUGAUAAGGAAAUAAAUUUUAAAAGCUUUGAAGGUUCUGAAAAAAUAUUUGAUAAAAAUAUAAGUGGUAGUUUCUCUGUAUAUAAAAGAAAUGUAAAAUCAAGCAAUUAUAUGGAUGAAAAUAUAAAUUACAAUAACAAUUUUAAUUAUUUAGCAAAUAAUGAAAAUUAUAAACAUGAAGAAAUGGAUGGUGGAAAAGAAAUCGUAAAAUAUAAUAGUUAUUGUGGUGAUUUAUCAAAAGACAAAAAUAUUGAAUAUAAUAAUGUAACAUAUUUAGAUAAUGAUGAUAAAAAAAAAAAAAAAUCAUUUCUUUAUAGUAUGUGUUCAUUCAAAAACAUAUUGACAAAGAAUGAUGAUGUUCUUCCCUAUAAUAAUAAACAUAAAGAAGAAUUAUAUGUAAAUAAAAAAUAUAUUUCUAAUCUGCUUUUUAAUAGUUUACAAAAACCAUAUAGAACAUUAAAAAGUGUAAAAGAUUUUUUUACACAUAAUAUAAUUAGAAAUAAAAAUAGACAAAGUUUUGAAAAUAUAAAUCACCGAAGUAAAGAAGUAUUAAAACAAGAUAUUAAAGCAUUGGAAUUUAUGUCAAAAAAAUUAUAUUUCUUAUUAGAUGAAGUAAUAAAAGAGCAAAUAAGAAUAAAUAAAAGUACAACAUUUUCAGGAAUGCUUUUAUAUUUAUUAGGAAUAAUUAUGUCGAUAUUAUGUUUAUACAAAAUUAUAAAAACUUGUUAUAUUAUAUAUAUGGUAGAAGUUCAUUAUAAAUUUAUAUAUACUUAUAGUAGUGGUCAUGCAUUAAUAUUAUUUUAUUCAAAAAACAUGGAUUUUUCAUUUAUAAAUGAUUUAAAAAAUGUACUAAACAUUGUACAUAUAAAUAUAAAUUUAGAUAAUUAUGUAGUAUCAAUAACAUCAAUAUUGUUAUUAUGUUUUAUAUUUACAAAUCUAAAAACAUUUAUGGAAAAAAUUAUAAAAUUAAGAUAUUCGACAAAAUCAUCUUUAUAUUCAAAUUUAGCUAUUUUAUUAAUGUGUGAAUUAAUGGGUUUAUAUUUCUCUGCUUACUGUAUCCAACUAUUUGAUUAUCUUCCCGUUAAGGAAAAAAUUAAAAUGAUAUAUAUAUUUUUUAAUAAUAACAUCCUGAAUUUAUUCAAGCUUAAAUACCAUUUUGACUUUGUUUAUGUUGUAUCCUUGUUUAUUUCUUUGCUCCUAAUCAAAAUUCACCACAAAAACAGGUCAGAAAGUUUCAGUGAGUUGUGA